GAGUUAGGUUUCGUUUGUUUUAUGAGAUUAAUUGUCUUGGUUGAGGCAAAACGUGUUAUAAAUACUGAAAUAGCAUGAUGCCCAAAUGAUCAAAGUGCGAGUGUGCGAGUUCAUGACAAAAGUUGGGUCCUGGGACUCCAGGGUUAAAACUGGUCAAUGGGGAGUGUUGGACGGGCCGCGCGGCGAGGGGCGCUCGAACACCCUUCCCUCGGCAUAACCCUCAGUCACCACCGCGACCGCGCGUUCUCGGCACGCCUCGGCGUUCGCUCCGCGCUAACUCUGCCAUGUGUACGGACAAACUUUACGCGAAUAAUUUUAAUUCUUAAUGCAAAAUGAAAGAAAAUAGUGAGCGUCAUUCGUGCGGUUUUCGAAGGAGAUGGAGACCUUUUUGGAUGAUGCUGUGGGUGAUGGUGAUGGUGGUAGAUCGCAGCUCUGGUGCUGAGAGUAUCUGUCCCGAGGAGUGCCGGUGUCACUCGCACUACGACGCGGACGAAGGGCACGAGCUGCGCGUCAGCUGCACGCGCGGCGGCAUGCGCGCUGUGCCUGUCGACUUCCUCGACCGCAACGCGCAGAUUCUGGUUAUUUCGGCGCCGCAGGAACGACCCAACUUCCUCACCAUCGGGCCCAUCUUCACACAACCAACACCGUUCGCCAAUCUUCGGCAACUCCACAUCGUCAAUUCAAACGUGCCCUCGAUAGGACAAUACUCCUUCUGGGGGCUCCAAAAUCUACAACUUAUCAACUUGACAUAUAACAAUUUAACCGCAAUAGGGACUGAUAAUUUCCGGGGACUCAUUAAUCUUACCGAACUACAUCUCGACCACAACCGUAUAGCGACAAUGCCGAGCGAGACUUUUAGACACCUCACAUCUUUGAGAAUAUUAAUUCUGGCAAACAAUCAAAUUUCCUCUCUAGUGCCUAGACUUUUUCGAAUGCUAGCUAAACUAUAUCAACUGGACUUGAGUUACAAUCCUUUAGCCGAUUUGAACCCUGAAGUGUUCAAAGACAUACAACACUUAAGAAUAUUCAAGUGCAGGAAAUGUCUUUUACGAAGAGUAAAUACACAGAUUUAUCAUUUGAUUCCUCAUUUAGAAGAGUUAGAUUUAGGAGAAAACCAAUUCAAAUAUCUCACCUCUGAUGAAUUUAUAAGUCUUAAGAAAUUAAAAAAGCUAAGACUGGAUGGAAACCAGUUGUCAGUGGUGGUGGACAACAUGUUCGGACGCAACCGAGAGUUGAAAGUGCUGUCCUUGGCCCGCAACCGCCUAGCGCUGCUCGCGCCCGCUGCGCUCACCAACCUAACCUCCCUUCUGCAUCUGGACAUCAGCCACAACAAAAUAGACAGGUUCCAUCUGCAGACUUUUGCGCCUCUUGUUGAAUCAUUGAAGACUAUCAAUUUCAGCGGAAACAACCUGCCAUUGAACGAGAUUGCGAUUGCUCUUCAGAUACUACCGGAAAUUCAUGGUGUUGGGCUUGCUAACCUUUCCCUGGAAAUUAUACCACCAAAUUUUUUUACGUAUAAUGAGCAUCUAAUUGCCUUAGAUAUAUCCUGGAAUAAAAUAGCAAAGUUUCCGUUUAAACUAUUGGCAAAAACCAAAUUUUUACAAAGACUAGACAUUUCACACAAUAAGUUACAAGCGUUAAGUGAGCAGGACUUGCAAAGACUGGAAGCCAUAGCGCAAAUUCAUUUGUCUAAGAACUUAUGGCAUUGUGAUCAGUGUUCGGCUGGAACCAUGCUAGUGUAUAUGUCUACUACAGUUCUUAAUUCUACCAUUAGAAGUCUUAAGUGCUAUUCGCCGAUGCGGUUACGGGGAACGAAUUUUGCGAACUUGAGUUUCGAUCGGUUGGAUCCGUGUCCCAGUACACACGAAGCUCAGAUGAGUGUCAUAGCGGGGCUGAUGUUGUUAUGUGUCGCAGUGUUGGCGGCUGUAGCGGCAGCGUUGUGCUACUCGCGGCGCCGCGCCGCUCAAUACUACACUAACGAGGAGAAGCGGCGUGAACACGAACACGACCACCCUGAAGAGCUAUUGGGACGGACCGAGCUGGGCAGCGUCGCUACGAUCCACGCGCCGUACCACCUGGUGUCGAAGGGCAGCUAACGGCGCGCUCCAACGCCGGCGCCGGCGCGCCCGCCCCGUGCACACAUCUUGCAGCUGCCACCCCGCCGCGAGCCUCUGGCCUCAGUCUCAACACCAGCGCUGGAUUCUCACCCGCUGCACUUCUUCCCUCCUCCUCCAGCGCCACUUCUAGAACCCGCUCUUUCGAAUGAUAUGUGAUAUGAGUACCAAGAUGAUCUUGUGUAAAGCCAAAGAUUAUGAACGUUCUAUGACUUUCACUAAAAGUAACUAUAGGUUCUAGAUUGGACAUUGUUGAUAGUGACUAUAGUUAGACAUCGACAUAAAAAAUAUCGAAAAAUAUUUUUCUACAACUAUAUAGUAUUUUAUAAGCGAUUUUAUCAAAGAUUUCCUGAAACAGGACGAUAACUAUAUUUAAAAUAUAAAAAAUGAGUUUGAGUAUUUAAUAGAUUAAGCAAAUUCUUAAUCUUAAAAUUAAAACAUUUACGUUAAAAACGUUCAUCUUUUGUUUCUUAUUACAGGCAGUGUAUUUUUUAUCGUAGUCAUGAUAUGGUAUGUAAUAGUUAAUUGUACAACAAGAGAGCAAAGUUUGAUAUUUCUUCGCAUGCUUAUUUUGAGUCCCGUGCAAGUGAAAGAUUCUAUAAUAGAUUCACGAGCGUAGCGAGUGAACCUAAUUUAGAAUCUUGAGCGUAGUAAGGGACUCAAAAGCGCACGAGAUGUAAAUAACUUUAAUCUCGUGUAGUACACAAAAUUUUUCACGACAGCAGUAAGAACAUGUUUCAAGCUAAAAAUACAACCUGAAAAAAUUUAAUCCGUCUUCAUCACUAUUUUACUCAUGUUUUCUUAAGGUAUUAAGUUUAAUUACCGCAAUAAAACAAAACGAAAGAAAUUUCAAUAAAAUAAGACGGAAAUAAUGAAAUAACAAACAUCAAUCGACAACUUUUUUGUAAAAAAAAAGUUUGUAAGAUACGGUCCGAAUUGCGGAUACGACUAUUUGUCAACUGUAGUAGAGAUCGUUAAAAGUAGAAUUAUUUACUUUGCGUAACAAUUGCGUAAUUUUUUAAGUUCAUUGUUUUGAUUGUAUAAUAAAAUACGUAAAAUAUGGUGAUUUUAUUAAA